AUCAAGAUCUCUGCUCUUAUCAGUCCAGUGGAAUCUAUAUGCUGAAACCUCUGUGUUUUCAAAUCAUCAACAUGGAACUUAUUACCCGAGGGGAUCCAGCUGCCAAAAGGGGGGAAAAAUCAAGAGCUGCUCUUAAAAGAAGUUGCCCUUGCUGGUGCUCAGGGUAAAAAUAGAGGCGGCCGCUUGGAACGGCUUGGCCCUGACUCCAGGCAUCCCGCGAGCUGGGCUCGAGCAGCGCGUUCCGGCGUGAUCCCUGGAAGCUGCCAGCAGGUGUUGCUCAAGAGAAUUUGCUGAAGAGGAGAAGGAAAAAAAAAAAAAAAUCCAAAAAACCUGUGCGUGAGGGGGGAGGAAAAGCAGGGCCUUUAAAAAAGGCAAUCACAACAACUUUUCCUGCCAGGAUGCCCUUGCUUUGGCUGAGAGGAUUUCUGUGGGCAAGUUGCUGGAUUAUAGUGAGGAGUUCCCCCACCCCAGGAUCCGAGGGGCACAGCGCAGCCCCCGACUGUCCGUCCUGUGCGCUGGCCACCCUCCCAAAGGAUGUACCCAACUCUCAGCCAGAGAUGGUGGAGGCCGUAAAGAAGCACAUUUUAAACAUGCUGCAUUUGAAGAAGAGACCCGAUGUCACCCAGCCGGUGCCCAAGGCGGCGCUUCUGAACGCGAUCAGAAAGCUUCAUGUGGGCAAAGUGGGGGAGAACGGGUAUGUGGAGAUAGAGGAUGACAUUGGAAGGAGGGCAGAAAUGAAUGAACUUAUGGAGCAGACUUCGGAGAUCAUCACGUUUGCGGAAUCAGGCACAGCCAGGAAGACUCUGCACUUUGAGAUUUCCAAGGAAGGCAGUGACCUGUCUGUGGUGGAGCGUGCGGAAAUCUGGCUGUUCCUGAAAGUCCCCAAGGCCAACAGGACCAGGACCAAAGUUACCAUCCGCCUCUUUCAGCAGCAGAAGCACCCACAGGGCAGCUUGGACACAGGGGAUGAGGCCGAGGAAGUAGGCUUAAAGGGAGAGAGGAGUGAACUGUUGCUAUCUGAGAAGGUGGUGGAUGCUCGGAAGAGCACCUGGCACAUCUUUCCUGUCUCCAGCAGCAUCCAGCGGUUGCUGGACCAGGGCAAGAGUUCCCUGGAUGUGCGGAUUGCCUGUGAGCAGUGCCAGGAGAGCGGCACCAGCCUGGUGCUACUGGGCAAGAAGAAGAAGAAAGAAGAGGAUGGGGAUGGGAAGAAGAAGGAUGGAGGUGAAGGAGGAGCAGAUGAGGAGAAGGAGCAAUCACACAGACCUUUCCUCAUGCUACAGGCUCGGCAGUCAGAAGACCACCCUCACCGCCGGCGAAGGCGGGGCCUGGAGUGUGACGGCAAGGUCAACAUCUGCUGUAAGAAACAGUUCUUUGUCAGCUUCAAGGACAUUGGCUGGAAUGACUGGAUCAUCGCUCCCUCUGGCUAUCACGCCAACUACUGUGAGGGUGAGUGCCCGAGCCACAUAGCAGGCACGUCGGGGUCCUCACUGUCCUUUCACUCAACAGUCAUCAACCACUACCGCAUGCGGGGUCACAGCCCCUUUGCCAACCUCAAGUCGUGCUGUGUGCCCACCAAGCUGAGACCCAUGUCCAUGCUGUACUAUGACGAUGGGCAAAACAUCAUCAAAAAGGACAUUCAGAACAUGAUCGUGGAGGAGUGUGGGUGUUCCUAGAGUCACCCAGCCUGGGGGGAAAGGGAACUAGGGUUGUCCAGAGAAGAUAGUGGCAAAAUGAAGAAAAAAAAAAAUUUAAGUUUUCUGAGUUUAACAACCAGAAAAAUAGAAAUUAAAAAACAAACAAAAAAACAAAAAACAAAAAAAUGAACAAAAAAAAAAGACAAAAACUAAACUAAAAACAAAACCUGAUGAAAUAGAUGAAGGAGGAUGUGGAAAAAAAUCCUUAGCCAGGGCUCAGAGAUGAAGCAGUGAAGGAGACAGGAAUUGGGAGGGAAAGGGAGAAGGGUGUACCCUUCAUUUCUUCCGAAAUCAAACUGACGACCUCAGUUGUUUAACCGGGUAUUGUCCUCUCCCCCCUUGCGGUUCCCCGGUGAGCUCCAAGUCACCUUGUCUAGUCUGCAGUAACUGUGGACUAGUACGACCCAAAUAACGUCUAGAAAGCCAUGAGUUUGGAAGGGCCAGUCCCACCCAGCUACCCAGGUCACACACGUGUCUGUGUGACACUGCAUAUGUCACCAGACACGCCCACAUAGGCGUUUCCACACACCACAUACACAUACAUACCGAUAAAAGAACAGGUGUGUGCAGGUGGUCACACUUUCUUUUUCUGCACCACUUUCGCAACAAGACAAAACAAAACAAACAAACAAACAAAAAACCAACAUUAAAAAAAAUUUGAGAACAAGAAUGGGAAGAAUGAAAGAUCAAGGAAAAAAGAAUACCAAGUUACAUUUCGUUAAGGUGCUUAUGAUCUUAGAACUAUGCAACCUAAUAGGUUUGAAACUGUUUACCUGAGAGAGAACAAAAAGAGAGACUUUUUUGUAUUGGAAGUAACCUGAUUAAUUUUUAUUUUCUUCAAGGAGAGAUACUUGAAAGGAAUAUGUUUGUCCAUCUGUUGGAUCCAAACAUUUCUAUAUUUUGUAAAUGUUGUUGUUUUUUUUUUAUCGUUUACUAUUUGCACUACAAUGGUGUUUGA